UCGACGACCCUAUGUCCUCGCCCGCGCUCUCCUCACCCGUCUCUUCCUCUCUAGACGAGCACGGUUUCGUCUUCCCGCACCAACGCCGACAGCCACGCUCUAACCCCUCCUACCCUGCUUCCCCUGUCCCUUCGAGCCAGCAUAACGUCCCGCUCAGUCUCACGUCCUCCUAUUCUUCCGUCGAGUCACUGCAUAGAGCCUCCGGGCGCCUGCUCACACUGCACCUAGAGAAGGCAGAGUCGGUCAUCUGGCCGUCGCUCGUCGUUGGCCAGUUCCCGAGAGUCUGUCCCCGUCGGUAAUCAACUCGUAUCCAUGGGCUCUUCUUCGGCGUUGACGGCGGAGUCGACGUACAAUAUGGACCCGACGAGCCUCGUCCUGAUCGCUCUGGACCUGUACGACAUCCGCGGGUCCCACGAAGAGGCGUUCGAAUACUUCAUGCGUGCUUGGCACCAAGCCCGUGUGCCCUCUGCCACGAUCCGCUUAGCGACGCACUAUCUCCCUGUUCAAUGUAGCAUCUCAGAUUCGGUGUCCGACACAACAGCAUCCACUGAGUCUGUUGACUCUGCAUCAGUUGAUACCGAGCCAACCACACCUACGCCUUCGAUAAUCGAGACCUCAUACAUUUCACCACCAAGUCAGGGUACACCAGGGUACUACCUCGACCGUAUAGGCGGCGCGCCAGGCCUCGCAGAGCUCUUCCUCUCCGCCGGGAUCCUCCACCUCGAGGGUGCCGCCGCACCACUACUUUCGUCUGCCUACGCCGGGCUCUCCUCCCUGCGCACACCCCUCGUAGUCAGCGGCAGCACCGGCCGCGGGAACAGCUUCCCCGCCUCAAGCACAAGCCCCGGCGGUACCGAAGGCUGGCGGCGAGACCGCGAAUGCGCGCGGCGGUACUUCGAACGCGCAAGGGCACUCGUGCCGUCGCUCGACGUACCGUUGCUCCCGCCCCAGAGCGACUCCGACGCGGGCUCAGGCAUCGGGUCGGGCGCGGAGAACGGGGACAGGCGCAGCACAGGCUCGCGCUCGGGCCCAGCGUCGUCCAGUUCUGGGAGGCAAAGCGAGAAGGUGCGUCCGGAGGUGCCCUCGGCCGACCCGCCGCAGGCGCAGCCCAGGCGGCGGCGGAGAAAGGAGGCGUCGUCGGGCGACCUGUCCAGCUCGUUUAUGGAGAACUACCGGUCGUCGGACACGGACGCGGGCGAUGAGGAUCGGACUUGGUAUUUGUACGUCCCGGGGCUCGUGGCGCGGGCGCUGCGCUCCUGGUUGUCGGUUUCUUGUCUCUGUCGUCAUGGAGGAAAAGCCAGGGAGGCUCUGAAGAAACUGUUCAAUGCACGCUUAGACGACCAGACGAGACGAAAACGGUAUACGUUACGACUCAUUGCUUUGAUUGCUGUCAUUUUGGAUUGCUCGCACGAUGGUUUCGUUUGCCGCUGUACUGUAUUUCUACGCCGCUAUAUACACCGAACAAUAUGUCAUGCAAGAUGCAAGAUACUCAUAUGAAGGGGCCCAAGUCACGGAAAGAAUAGCUACGAGAUACUAUAUGUAAGCCAACGGCAGCGACAUUGGUAUAGACAGGCUGAGAAGCGGGCAAAACUGACAAACGAAUGUGAGAGGUAUGUGCGUACGGUAGGGUAUGUACAAGAAGUCAUAUCUUGCAGUGAAUAUCAGUAGGGCGAGUGGUAAGUUGCGAAUUGACGAUGAGCAGAUAAGUACGGAUGUGAUCUGUGAAUACAACUGGGA